AUGGACGAUGAGAUGACAAAUGAACCUGAUAUAAUGGAUGAAUUCCCAAGAAAAAUUAGUCCGAAUAUAGGUUUUAAUGACCCUCCAGUCUUAUCAUUCGAUAUUCAAGGUCCACCUCCUGUGUAUCCUGCAGGUGGAUCCUUCGGAAAAGGAAGCAUUGAUCUUGGAGGAUUAGAAGUGUACGGAACUUUAUAUUUCCUGAAAAUAUGGGAUACACUAGGUGGUAACCCAAAGGAUGGUGCAACAUUUUACGAACCAUAUGCCUUCCCACCAGAUUUCAAACUGCUUGGCCACUAUUGUAGACCCAACGAUGUGCCCUUUCCUGCAGCAGUUCUUGUGGCUAAAGACACCACAGGUGACCCCAACCAUGGUGCCCUAAAGAGACCGAUCGACUACACCCUUAUGUGGACCAGUAAAGGUGUGAAUUUCGGCCAAUAUGACGAUGGCUACAUAUGGCUCCCGAUCCCGCCAAAUGGUUAUAAAGCCGUUGGUCACAUCGUCACAACAACACCAGAGAAACCGUCACUUGACAAGAUCAUGUGCGUUCGAUUGGACUUCACGGAUUUGGUUGAGGUGGAUAAGUGGAUUUGGGGAGUGAAGAUGGGGAGGAGGUCCAUUGAUGUGUCCACCACAAAGCCGGUUACAAGAGGGCUAAGUGUUCCAAUUGGUACGUUUUUAGCACGAGCCAAGGGCUCAGAAACUCACAAUUUAGCGUGUUUAAAAAUGGUCCAGAAAGAUCCAUAUUUGGCUAUGCCUAAUUCGUUACAAAUUAGCAGGAUGAUAAAUCUUUAUUCACCUUGGGUCUAUUUACAUCCUGAUGAAGAAUUCUUCCCUUCAACGGUUUUAUGGUUCUUCGAAAAUGGCGCUGAGCUACACGAAAAAAAUAUAAUUCCACAGCCUGUGAUCAACAAUGGAGAAAACCUUCCAACCAACGGUACGCAAGAUGACGCCUUUCUAGACCUCCCACCUAAUCAACCGCAAAAAGAUAAGGUAAAAAAAGGGUUUUUGAACGAUGCAAUCGCUUACAUUCAUGUGAAACCGGAACUCGGUGGAACCUUUACUGAUCUAGCCAUAUGGUUGUAUUACCCUUUUAAUGGCGGAGGGAAGCUUCAAUUGGGACCUUUAGCCAUCAACUUAGGGAAGAUCGGGGAACAUGUUAGCGAUUGGGAACACAUAACGUUAAGAAUCGAUAACUAUCAUGGAAUUCUAAAGGAAAUCUAUUUGUCUCAACAUGCAGCCGGAAAAUGGUUAACGGCUCCAGAAUUCGAGUUUAUUAAUGGAACCAGACCAGUGGUGUAUUCAUCUUUGCAUGGCCAUGCACACUACGCCACUCCAAACUAUCAUCUUCAUGGGAGAUCUUACAUUGACCCAAUGGACAUAGAAGAGUUCAAUGAGUUACUCGAGAUGGAUUUAGAAUCACCGAUCACUGGGGGGGAAAAGUUUUUAGGGUUUGGUGUUAGAGACGACACUGCAAAAAGCAACUACGUGAUGGAUAUUGCAUCCAGCUAUAAUGUGGUUUAUGUUGAUUACAAGAAGUUUGAUUCAUUAAUGGUCCCAUGGUUGAAUUAUACAGGAAGAUGGGGUCCAAAGAUUACUUAUGGAUUUACGAAAGAGGUAACGAAAAUAGCAAAUAAGUUGCCAGCAAAGAUGAGAAACGUUGCCAUGAGAAUGUUGCAUAAGCUCCCUCCUGAGUUACUUGGAGAAGAAGGACCUGAAGGCCCCAAAAUGAAAGAUAGUUGGACAGGGGACGAGAAGGUUAAAUUGUAA